AUGUAAAGCAAAUACGGGUAGAAUGAUGAUGAGAUCUUGUUUUAAAAUGAUGAUGAUGAUAACGGUGAAUUAAUAAAUUUUGAUUAAUUCGAUGAGGAUGAAUAAGAUGUCAUAACACCUGUUGACAAGGGUAAAUAGUAAAUACAAUAAACAUUUGGAGAUUAACUUUAAGUAAUGAAGGACAAAGAAGAUGAAGAAUAGGUGAUUGAGGAUAUAGUGCAAUUCAAACAGAAUGAAGAGCAAGACAAUGUAGCAAAUUUUGGUAGUAUGCAUCGUGAUGAAGACUUUUAGAGUUGGAAGGAUGAGAAUAAAUAAAAUGAUUAAAAUGAAUAAGUUCAAUAAACAAAUUAGAUUGAUGCGAUGACUGAGAGAUAAGAAUAGCAAGCUUAAAUUAUAUAUUAACCUGGCAUGAUCAUUGAUAUGAAGGAGUUCUUACAAAAGCCUAUCGAUCAAUGUAAAUAGAUAUUUUGAAUAUUUUAUUAGAACAUUUGAUCUAGUUGACAUUGGUUAAGGAUAAAAGUGGCACAAAUAAAUUUCAUCCUAAAUUCCUCUUGUAUUUGAGUGAUUAAUAAAAAGUAUUUCUGUGUUCGGCAAAACGAUAGGCUUUCAGUUAAUAAAUUCAUUAUGUUUUAUCCAUACUCUAAGACAAAUUUGAUAGGAAACACAAGUCAUGUUUAGGUAAAAUAAAGGGUUAGGGCGGAAUAUUUAAAUUAUUUGAUACUGGUGACAAUCCUAAAGAUGCAAAGUUCUUGGAUAAAGUGAGGAAGGAACUGUGUUUAAUCAAUUUUCAGAAUUCAAAAUAGACUGGAUAAUUAAGAUAGAGUGUGAUUAUCCCGAAAAUCAAAGAUGGAUAGGCCUAUGAAUUUAAACCAUUGAAUGAUGCAGAUGGAUUAUUGAAAGCAUACUAUUCAUUGUAAUAUAAGGAUCAAAUUAUGCAUUUUAUGAAUAAGAAUCCAAUAUAUAAUAAGGAGAAGAAAAAAUAUUAAUUGUAAUUUAAUGACAGAGUAACUAUGCCUUCAGUAAAGAAUUGUAUAAUUUAUGAUAUCAGUUGCACAGAUAAAAAUAAGUUUGUAUUACAAUUUGGAAAAUGUGCAAAAAAGACUUAUUCAGUUGAUAUUUGUCACCCAUUAUCUAUUAUAUAAGGAUUUGCAAUAUGUAUCUCAUAAUUUGAGGGAAAACAUUGA